GGUCUAUAGCGCGCGUCGGUCUCCCGAAUUAUCGCGAGUCGCCGUCGCGGAGGGCAGUAUAGUGCGCGACUUAUCAGCCGAACGCACGCAUAUUGUUCAAUUAACAGUUGUUAUCAAAAUUAAUUCAAAUAUUAAACAAUAAUAAGAACAAAGAAAAACAAAAAAACAAUUUAAAAAAAGUGAAAUAUAAAAAUUUAUCCUUUCUUUAUACCGUUAUAUUUGUUGAGUUAAUGAAAAUAAUAGUGUAAUUAAUAAAGUGCGAUAAAAGUUAUCAGCUGAGCAGCAGACAUAUUAAAUGUUAGCAGCUCCUCUGUAUAGACUUUAAUUAAAAUAGUAUCUGAAUAAUUCAUUAGAAUAGAACCUGAAUAUACCUGAAGAUCGGUAAUGUUACUACAAAACGACCGUGAAAUAAAUAAGUUUAUUAUUAUUUUGAGUUGAGUCCAUGUACUUUAAAAAUUGUGAAAUUAUAAAUUGAGUUAGUUUCGUAAAAAUAUAAAGAGUUAAGAAAGUGUUAAUUUUAUGUUCAAGCGAAAUAAUAAUUUUUAUUUAUUUUCGACUGCUAUAAAUCAAAACAAAUAAACAUAUAAAUAUACAAACUAUUAAAACGUUUGUUUGGUAUGUCGCGCCAAACGCGUUCGAGUGUGGGAGUUUGUGUGUGCGAUCCUAAAAUACAUGUGUGAAAUCGACUAUGGCUACAAUGGUAGCUGUCGCUGAAAGGACUAAUAACGACUACUUUAGAUCAUUCCUGCCUGCCGUGAACUCGCCGCCCGCUCCACACCGAGAUGUUUCAAGCGCAACCUCAUCAACAUACCGUCCAUAUAAUGAAGAGUAUGCGUCAGUACCGCGACGCGUCGACGACCUAGAGCGUACCAAAAAAGAUAAGAAAUGGUCGUUGGGAAAGCUAUUCCGAAGAAAGAAAAAAGAAGAAGAAAGCGCUUCCUCUUCUGAAUCCGACGAAGGAGUCAGUACGCGAUCGCCUUCGAAAAGAAAAUGUAAAAAGAAAAAGAAAACGCCCGCAGUCAACAAUUUUGAUCAUAUAGUCAUAAGAGAUUCGAGACGCGCUCAAAGUCUAGCCAAACGAGAUGCCCGGGAAGUAACUGACGAUGGUGUAUUAUCCGAUCCAUCGGCAGGUUUCCUCAAUUACCGUAAUAAAAAUCAAGAAAUUUACAGAGGCUCAAAAGAAACCCUCAGUUUAAAAGAGGACAGCUACAAAACUAGUAAAACUGCAUUGGAUACGCCUUCUCGGAAGACGAGAAAAGGUAGAUUAAAAGCCCGAGUAGAAGCUUUGCGAAACAGUAUUAAAGGCGACACCAGUAGCGAUGAAGAAUCACUUAGGUCCUCAAACUCGUCGUCAAUGCUAAGAUUUCGAAGCGAUGAAUCGUUGAUGCGUUCACGUGAUAGUUCGUUGAAUAAAAGAUCGAGAAGCGCAAGAAAUGAGAGAUACAUCAAAAGAUUAUCACGUGACGAAGAGAAUCAAUUAAAUAAAGAAGCCGAAUUAUUACAUCAAGGCUAUACAAAAGCUGAAGUCGAUAUGUUGACAAGAACUCCCACCAGUCAAAGCAGCGGUUAUGGAACUUGCAAAAGAGAUCAAAACAAUCAAAUUAAAUCCGAAGCUACCCAUAACAAUGAUAUUAAUCGUCGUCCUAUGAAGUCUGAAUCAAUAUCAUCCUUCCCUUCUACCCAGAGCUAUCCGUCGUCUAUUAAUUUUAAUGCUAAAGUUAACAAUGAACACAUUAAUUACUCCAUUCAGUGUCCAACCAAUACUAAUAAAAACAGGCAAUCGCUUCAUAUUAAUAACGAUAGAGAUGGAAGCAUCAGUCGCCAGUAUGAAAAUCCUGAAAACGUAUUAUGCGUGAAAUUUCCGUUGGGAAAUGUAACGCAUGUGAGACGAGAAGAAAAGGCGCCACCGGUGCCACCUCCGAGGGAUAUGCAUCGAAAAGUCGUUACACCAUUAUCUAUGUACUAUGAAAAUAAUCCUGUAAUAACUGACAGAUACAACAGUAACCCAAAAACUUUACACGGUGUACCAAACAAUGAUUUUGAAAGAAUUAUGAGACGAAGUCAAGAGCGGUCUAUUGACCUAGGAUUCAAUGGACUACGAAGACCUUUAUCCAACUCUGAAGACCACAUUGCAAUGCAGAAUAAUGAAUACAAGUGGAACUUCCAACAGAGAAGUGAUCAACCAAGAAGACCAGCGUCUGUUUCAGCUGAGCCAAAUCACUAUGGUAUUUACAUGAACUCGCCUUGGAGAAAAUCUCUUGGACAAACUCAUGUCACCAAGCCUGAAUCUGUACAGUUAAGAAACGAUUACUUAUACUACGCCGAUCAAAGUCCUAGGUCUCGAAGACCGAUAAGUAUUAAAAAUGGUCAAAACGGCUCUGGUGAGCGAAACGAAAAUCAAUAUUUAAGUGAUUCUCAAUCAUCUCAAAAUGUCGCUGAGAGUGUUUACCGACGACCAAGAAAUGCAUCAGCAGAAUUUUGGAAAAAAAUUGAUGAUGCAGAAAGACAGAGGAAGCAGCAAAGUCUUUAUGGAAAUAAUCGUAGCACCAGUGAUUUUUCAAACUAUGCUCUGCAUCGUAGAGUAAAUCCGGCAUCGGAAUUAAACAGACUAGACCAGAACGUAGCUGGUGAAAAAAAUAAAAAUAGAUGUAGUUUUCGGGCGUCAUCCGUUGACACAGUAGAUUGUCCUAAAAUAUGGAAAGCGACAACUGAAUAUAAAAGAUCAGUAACAGUUGAACCACCGAAAGCUAUUACAUCACCCACACCUAAAACACAUAUCCGCCAUAAAUCUGAUACUUUCGUCUCUAGCACCAGCCAAUUGUCUGAUGAUGAAAAAAGCUCCGAAAGACGCAAAUCGACAAACUUAGACGAUGCUCUUAAUGAGUUGGAAGCAAUUUAUAAUAGCUUAGGUUUGGGUGACGAAGAUUUGUUAGAUAGAGCCGAACGUCGUGAGCUUAUGACGCCAAAAUUUAACGAUCAUUUCAACGACUGGAAUGGAAACGACGACGAUGUACAACUACGAAGUCAGCCUGUAACUCCAUUAAGACGUAACUCACGGAGGUCCACCUUACCCGAUAAAUUGCAAGACGAUAUGGCAUUUCGUAGAUUGAAUUCAUUGACUAAAGAUAAACCAACACAUAAAGAAGCUCAAGCACAAAUAAGUUAUAUGUUAGCAUCUCCAGUAUACGUACCAUAUGCGUCAGAUGAUGACAGAAGAUCUGAGCGCAAUGAGCCUGAUGUUGUACAUGAUGAUGUGAUGUAUAGAAAUAUUACUCAAACAAACAAUCGCUUAAAAACGCUUGACCCCCAACCACCUUUUGGCAUUCCCAUAGUACCCGUGUCUCCUGCUCCUCAAAGUGAUUAUUUGCAUGCCACACCAGAAAACAAAGGACGUUCACGCUUUAUUCCGCGAAGGUCACCUGACUUGGUGUCUGACGAUCUAGCGUACAGAAGUCUCAGAAAAGAUAAUAGGCAUUCAGCUCUCUUUAAUGGAGAUGGAUAUAGUGCCAUGAUAAAUAAUAACCAAAGUGUAAAUGAAUUCCCCCUCACUAAAGAAUCUGCAGCAAACCUGAAAAAGAAAAGAGCUGUAAGAUCUUUGUCAGCCAAUAUAUUCUCCAUGAUUCAGAAAGAAAUCGAUGAAGCUUUGAACAUGACCAAAAAUGCCACCCUGCAGAAAACAAAUAGUAAUAGUGAUGUAAUGAAGCGCCUACGAGAUAGUCAUGACAAAAAUGACAACGAACAGGACCAAUUUCCACGUAAUAAGGUAAAACAAAGACACAAUACCGUAAAUCUAUUAGUCAAUAACACCCAUGCACCUUCUCAUCAUUUCACCAAAGAUGAUUCAUUCAUACAUUGUGAUGAAAAGCAUCUUGCUAAAACUUUUUCUUGUGAUAAGUCUAAAAGCUCAUCUCCAUCUAGUAGAUCACCUCAAGCUUCUAAGCGUUCUUCAAAAGACGAGUUUCAACAGGUUCUUAGUAUGCUUGCUCAGGAAGCUAUGGAUACAAGUAAUAAGCUAGGUGUCGCUUUAGCUGAGUUAGAUAAAAAUAGAAAUAACAAUGAAAAGAAACAAGAUAUCCAAAGCAGAAUUUCUGAUCGAAGACUAAGUUUUCUCAAUGGCUUGACAAAUAAAUCACACGAUGAAUUUCCCCCUGAAUCCGAUCAUAUAAAAUGUCAACCCAAAGAGAAUUUUAAUCAGAACGGAAAAUCUAUAUCUGAUGAGACCUCCAAAGCAAAGAAAACCGAAGAUAGUUUACUGGUAAUAUCGGAUCAACUACAUAAAGUAGAAGAUCAACUAAAGCACAGCUUUGAAAAAGAACUGAAUUUCGAAGACGAAAGCCUAAAACUUUCUAGUUACGUACCUAAAGAACAAGAACAUUCAAAAGCUGAUGAAACCACAGUUAUUCUACCAAACGUUAAAUCAAAAUACGAUUUAACUUCAUCUGAUAUUUAUAGUGACGUUGACAAACCAGAGCAUGCUAAUAAAGUGAUUGUACAAUCAGAGCCCGAACCAAAAUAUCCAGUAGUCAACCGUCUUAACCCUUUCUUGAAUACCGAUGAACAAAUAAGGCAAAUAAACGAAAUAAACGCAUUCAAAGAAUUAAAAGAUGGAAUCUCCGAUUUGAUAGCUGGCAUAACUCAGGUCAACGAAAAACUUUUUUCACCUAAAAAUACAAAAACUAACUGUGAAAAGAGUGAGGUUUCGAAAAUAUCGAGCAUUACUGAAGCUAGCGAGAAACUGCGGCAAACAUCACAAAGUGAGAGUACACAAGAAAUGCCUUGUAGGGCUUCCGUUAAUCUGUCUAUUUACGAAGAUGACUUAGAACAAAGGAAAUACCCUGAUUCAACAGAAUAUAACUCCUCCGAGGAAUUAGCGACCAUCUUUAAAUUAGACAGUAACUGCCAAACAAAUACAAAAAGUAACGUUUGUGAAAACAAUGAAUCUCGAAGUAGUAAAAAGCAAGGAACUGAAGCUAAAGAUGAGAAGGAUGAUAAAGUUCGACAAGAACUUAGUUCUCCGAAAUUAGUUCAGACUAUGACACAGCAAUUGAGAAGGCUUUCAGUAGACCUUGCAAAUGAUACUCUUAGUCAAAGCUGCUCACUCCCAAAUAAUGUAGUGCCGUGGAGAUCUAAAAGGCAAAAUAAUUCACAGAAUGAUAGUAGAGGCGAUAGUCCGCAGCGUAAGCGCUGUUGGCGCGACCCAGGCACGUUGACGUUAGCUUGUACGUACACUCUGAUGCUCUCCCAACACCUUCCAGAACUCGACUGGCUGACGCUCCUCGGCUUACUCCUAGCAAUGAUCACGAUAAUCGCUAUGCUAAUUAUUUAACAAGCCCGCGCGAUCCUGCAUCCGGUUCAAUUAUUUUAGCGUAGAGUAAUUCCACACCGUGAAAAUGAUUUAUCAGAACUAUUAAUUUAUUUACAAAAUUGUCUACUUUGGGUAUCGAAUUAUGAGGAAAUAAUAUGUAUAACAUUAUUAUCAUGGUGUGGAAAUACAUGUAAUGUAACAUUCUAAUGAGCGAUCAAUAGUAAUAUUAAAUAUUUAUAAUUAAUAUGAGUUAGUUACCUAUUCCUAUUGUUCUGAAAUUCCUAAGCUUUUCUUGAUUAUGUAUACUUAUAAUGAGUUACAUUUAAUUACUUUAAAUUGUAUUGAAAUAUUAUAAAAUUUUAAUUUUCAUAUUUUUUACAUGAGCUAUGUUUCUGGCCUAAGCCACAUUGUACAUUUAAAUUACUUUAGAAUAGGCAUGUUUAAUUAUUUAUAACAAGAUGUUACCUAACUAAGCCUAUAUUGAGGAGGUCGUAAUUUUUAAAAGAUUUAAUUUUUAAAAUAUCAAUAUACUUUACCUGUGAUUGUACCUAAUAGUAAAAUUUACGAAAUUCAUUAUUUAGGUAACUAUUUGGAAUUCAAAACUGCAGAUGUAAAUAUUUGAUAAGUAUAAAUAUGAAGUGAUUGAUUUCUAUAUAAAUUUGUAUUGAUUCAGAAUAUUAAAUCAAGAAAUAAGUUUCAAAUUCAUGUUGCCUUGUGCCAAAUUCAAUCAAAAAGUUAUUAAUGAUAAAGUUUAUUCGUUAAGCAUGUUUGUGUUUUUUUUAUUAGUAUUUUACUGCAUGUUUACGUGCAUAGUUUUUUAAUUUAUUGCCCUUAUACUGAAAUUUAUAUUUGAGCAAAAGCAGGUAAGUAUUCAUGUGUUUUUUUUUAAAUUUUAUGCGGACUUGUGUUAAAAGUUUUGAUCUUGCCCACUAAUUUAAUUUAAUUUACCUUGAUACGUGAGUUUUAAGUCUCAGUUGUAUAGUACAAUAGGUACCGGCGGCGCCUUUCAAAUCGCAACGAAGAAAUAAAAUAAAUGAAAAUAGUGGUACCUAGCCGAUUCACCAGCACACUACACAUUUUGCGUGUUUAAUUUUGAUUACAUGAUGUUAUUUCUUCAUUGUUGAAGUCAUAAUAUAUGAACAUGAGCUAAAUACGUAUUUCAUUACAAAAAAUGGUACCAGCCAGCGGGAUUUGAACACAGGCAUCGACCGAUAAGAGUAUACCAGGUAUUUUAUCCUUUAGGCCACGACGACUUAAAAUUACAAUGAGCUCAUACCAAUAUUUUUCUAAAAAUGGUCACACAGUUGUACUAUACACACAAUAAUAAUAAAUAACAAUAUCGAGAAUAAAUAUUCAACGAUGUCCGUUCCGGUUAUCGAGUUGAAAUUUACAACGAUUGCAAAACAAAGGGUUUUUCAUUAAGAGCGGUCGAACUUAAAAUUAAUAUAGAAAAAAACUGUUUAAGUGAUAUUGCCACAAUUUUUAUUUUAUUUUAUAGAGUAUUCGAUGACAUUAUGUAUGGAAUAUAAUUUGAACCAAAUGGCCGCCGCGCCUCCGCUGUAGAUGGUGUAUCCUGUUGGACCAAUUUUGUAUGACAUCUUCGCAUAAAUGGCGCUAAAUUUCACGAAGAGCGCGAUAUUUUCCGUGCUGUAUGACAAGUGGCGCCGUCUUGUUGAACCACAUGUUUGUGAGAUCCAUAGCAUCUAUCCUGGGACACAAAAAGUUUGUUAUCGUCGUCCGAUAUCGGUCGCCAUUGACAGUGAGAGCGGCGUCUUGCUAUCAUCUCAAGAAAUAAGGGUCGAUGAAACCGUCGGACAAGCGUGUAGCUUUCCAUGGUGAAAUGUCACGACUAUAAGUGUUCAUACCAAAUUUGACAUAUUGUUAUAUGUAAUACAUUGCUAUCAAAUAUUUUUUUUCAUGACAUCGGCAUAUUGAUGCGUGGGCCAUAUUUUAAUAUUAAUUUAAUUGAAUUUAAGAUUGUACGCAAAAAAAAUUACAGUAGGUUAGAAAACGUAAAACGCGAUGGCUAAUUUCUUUAUAUUUAUGUUAACUCAAUAAAAGAACUAUAUACAUUUAUUAUUUUAAAACAGCUUCCUAGUGUUAAUAAUGUAAUACGUAUGUAUUAUUAGAUAUAAAUAUAGCUGUAGAUAUUGAUUUACUUUUAUAAGUACGCAUGUUCAUUCUGUAUGAAUUUUCAACCUAAAUCAAAUUUAAAAUACAUCUUUGAAAGUGAAUAAUAUUUAGAAAUGUUAGUACAGCGCCUUCUAUGAUCACAGUUAUACAUACCUAAUUGGCACAUUCAAAAUCCUCGUUCAAUCGUACAAUCUUCGAGUAUGUAUGAAAAUGUACUACGUUAAAAUUAAUAUAUAAGUUUAAAAUUAACAAUUCAAUUUGUUUCUAGGUGAAAAAUAACCUCAAGUGAUCUCCUGGCCUCCGUCGAAAGACGCUUUAUUCCUAACUUAUUUUAAAUUUAAUUAAGCUACACCAUUUUUUAAGCUACUUUAUUUUGUCUGGAAUCAGGUUGUUUAAAAUUUUUAGAGGCUUCCAGUUACGUGUAUUUUAAUAAACGUUGCGUAUAUGAUGAAGAGUUAUACUUUGAAAUAAAAUGUUUCAGUUUUUA